AUGCAAGAGACCGCGGAAAAAGAUGAAACGAUGAAAUUAGCGAAACUUGUGGCAACAAACAAAAACGCGCGGGAAUCAUUAGAAGAAGACGGAGCUGAGGGUGAUGAGCAGCGCGGUGGAAACAUCUAUGAUCUCCCCGAACUCGUUUGUCUGAAAAUAAGACACGUGGGUGGGCAGCUUGAUGGAGAAGGUGUUGCUUCUUUUGAAGACGGACACAUGUACAAGGGAAUGUUGUCUAAUGGACUUAUGAAUGGACUCGGGAUCCUCACACUGGAAAAUGGACUCAAAUAUGAGGGAGAGUUUGUUCAUAAUAUGCCAACAGGCCAGGGCACCUACACGUGGCCAGACGGCAGCACCUAUACGGGGGAAGUCUACCGUGGUAAACGACACGGGAGGGGGUCCUACCGAUGUGCCAAACAUGGUGCGUCUUACGUAGGGCAGUGGUACCAGGGCAAGCGGCAUGGAGAAGGUGCAGUGUAUUAUAACGAGGACAAGACGUCUUGGUACAAAGGAGACUGGGUGAUGGACGACAGACAGGGAUCAGGAGUAAGACGCUACCCCUCCGGUAACACUUACUCUGGUGAGUGGAAGAACAACAUGAGGCAUGGAGAGGGAACCAUGAGUUGGGUGAAACUGGGACAGCAGUAUGAAGGGAAAUGGGAACAUGGAGUCCAGCAUGGUCUUGGCAGGCACAUCUGGAUCUUAAAGCGAGCAGAUAUCUCCCAGUACUUCCAGAGCAACCAGUACAAGGGGGAUUUCAUCGAGGGUCAGAGGCAUGGAGAAGGAACCUUUUACUAUGCAGGUGGUGCCAUCUACGAAGGAGGAUGGAAAAACAAUAAAAAACAUGGACAGGGUAAAAUCACGGCCACUGAUGGGCGAGUCUUUAAAGGGGAGCUUGUAGACGAUCGACUGACGAUACCUGGUUUAGAUGGAACCAGAACACCGACAUCUUAUGGAGUUUUCCACGCGUUGGAGAGCGACUCCUCUGUACUCGGGCCUGACAUGGCUCUCAGCAUCGAUCAUGUUCUGGAGAAGAUCCCGGAGAGAAAGCGUGAAGCUGAGCGAAAACAGGUGGAGGCUGUGGUGAUGAGGGAGAACACGGAGCUGAGGAGCAUCUACAGGUUCUACAGCAGGCUCGGCUGCCCCCCCUCCUCUGAUAACACCUUCAUGCUGACCCGCCUGCAGUUCUGGCGCCUGCUCACAGACUGCAACAUCCACCGACACGGCGUCACUCUGACACAAGUCGACCGCAUCACCAGAGACAAAGUCAGUUCAGCAGAGAUCCACUCUCCGUUCACCCCCCUGCUUCUUCGGGAGUUCCUCAGUAGACUUGUGAUGGUGGCCUUCUACAUCUACAAUAAAGAUAUGAUGUCAGAGAAGCAUCUUCUGGCUUCCUGCGUAGCCAAACUGAUAACAGAAGAUAUCCUUCCAAAUGCUACAAAAGUUGAAGGCUUCCUGUUCAGGCAGCCAGAGUUUGCUUUGGAGGCCUUGAAGUACACGAAGAGAUGCUGGGACGUCUUUGAGGCUUUUUGCCAGGUCAGCACAUCCCACAGAGGCGAGAAGACCAUGACCUCACGACAGUUCCUGUGGAUGUUUAAGGAUCUGCGUCUGUUCGAUCACCAGCUGACAACAGCGACUGUAAUGGAGAUCAUCACCGCUGAGGGCUGGGACUCCAACAACCACUCAUCCUUUCUGGAACUGGAGAUCACAUUCCUGGAGUUUUUCGAGGCUCUUCUGGUCUGUGCAGAAGUAAAAGGUCAGCAGGUCUGUGACGCUCCGGGGGACCAAGUCCCGCUCAGAUCUGAUGAUCGGAUCAGAGGGACCCUCAUGGAGGCUGAUGAGAAAGAAAGCUCUCACCAACAGACAGGACAUGAUCAGGACGUGAAAAGUGGACAAGAAGUCAAAAGUCAAGAAAUGCCUCACUUCACAGAUCACAGCGAGCAUCAAACUGAAGGACAGGAUGUGGUGCAAAGCCGAGUGGAGCGCAGGAUCCUGAUGACUCGGCAGUUUUUUGACCAAAGUUUCUUCCCGGCAGUCGAUCAUCAUCAGUUCGUGACAAGAGAAAUGAGGAAGACGAGCACACCGCAGAACCAAAACUUUUUAAUAUCAAGCUCAAGGAAACUUUUGCGCCAUUUAAACUAA